UCCUGCAGGCAUUAUUGCAUAACAACCGAGUUGGUUUUCCCCAGUUUUAGCGUCAUCUAAGGACGCUAUGAUAAAUUGGAUUUCUCCCAUAAUCAUUCCAAUAACAUCAGCUGGAACUAAAUGGUAUUUGAACUCCUAACCCUUUUCAGCAGCUGAGGUACAAUGCCCACUAAACUAUAGCAUCUAAACCACUGGGAGUGUUUUGUUUAUCUGGAGCUGAACAGAGGUAAGUGUGAUUAAUCUGUGCCUGAAUGUUGUACAAACCACAAUCAGCAUUUGAAAUCAGAUUUAUUGGUUCACCUUGUCUGUUUCUUCUUCAGCUUAAUCGUACAAAGAAAAUGGCACAGUGGUACCUCACGCCUCCUUUCCUCCUUAUCUUGGCUUUUGAUGUUCUGAGCCAGGUUUGUGCUCUGGAAGCUGACUCCAGAGAUAAGAAGAGCACACUGCAGCCAGCCAACACCAACAACAAUCUGAAGAGACAUGACUCUUGGCCAGACUUGCCCAGAACAGGCCGCAAACAUGGCGUACAGAGGAAGGACAAGGCCAACACUAUGGUGACCAGAGUGAUGGAGGCAGAGAGACCCGAUGAAGACGGCGUAGGACUGGAGAGUCUAACACCAGUGCGUGUGGAGACAGACAGUCUAGAGAGAGCAGCCAUGCUGGAAGAGGGAGCAGGGGAUCAGAGUGGCCAGUUUUAUCCCCGAGAAUUAGAAAAUUACCGGACAGUGGAAUCUGCAAGUAAAGGGAAAAAACACAGCAGAGAUCACAAGAAGCAAAAUCGGAGAGAGCGAGGACGACAUAAUAAGGCAUUGAAAGUCUCAGGAACUGAGUUAAUUCCAUCUGGAAGGGAUCUAACACAAAGCAAGGUGAUGGAUGAGCUUUCUACUAUGCCCUUACCUAUGUCCAGUGCAAUUGUGACCAGUACAUUGCUGACCACCAUUACAACUGAGGAAGCACCAGCAGUAAAGCCUAGACAGCAAACAAGAGAACAGGCCAGAGCAAGAACUGUCGCCGAGGUAAAUCCUACUCUCGACAUGACGCUCUUUGAUUGGACAGAUUAUGAAGAUAUGAAGCCAGAUAUGUGGCCUUCAACAAAGAAGAAAGACAAGCGUCGCAGCAAGAACUUGAGUAAUGGGAACAUCACAUCCCAGGCUGAAGCAGAACCAUGUGAUCAUCACCUCGACUGUCUGCCUGGUUGGUGCUGUGAUCUCCGGCAGCACAUCUGCAAAGCCCAUAACCGGGGUCUCAAUAACAAAUGCUAUGAUGACUGCAUGUGUGCAGAAGGUUUCCGCUGCUACGCCAAGUUCCACCGGAAUCGGAGAGUGACCCGAAGGCGAGGGCGGUGUGUGGAGCCAGAUUCGGUCAAUAAUGAUCACGGAUCAUUCAUUACGGUCUAAAGGGACUUGACAAGAAAUCCUGCUUAAUUAGUCCAAGCAACCAGUUAAGAAAUAAUCUCAAAGUCAACAGCAGCUAAAAUCUUGAUGAUUCCAACAUAUGCCUAAUAGACCAUGCCAUAUCAAAGCUGCCAGGAAUAUAAUCAUUCCCUUAUGAAGACAGUGACCACUGUCAAACUCAUACCCAAAACCAUGACACUACAAUCAGUAUUCCUCCUUUCCCUAAUGUAGAUCAAUACCAUCUGGGACCCAAUUAUUGCCAGCCAAUCACAACCAAUACUUCACUGUGACAAAUAAACUCAACUCAAAAACACAAGGGAUUCUGCAGAUGCUGGAAAUCCCAAGCAAUACACACUAAAUGCAACUUGAACUCUGUUUCCCAUAAUUAUAACCGUAUGCCCUCUCUGGUCCAAUUCAAUACUUCCCAUUCAUGCCAAGUACUCUAUCAUAGCAAUCCAGCAUCCCCUCUUGUACUCAGUACAUAUUACUCCAUUAUCAUUUGCCCUUGCCUCAUUAUCACUACACUUCCAUACAGUAAUAGUGGUCUAUCACUACAACUUCCAUACACCAUUAUUUGUUAUUUUUGAUAGUCUGUUUGUGUCUGUCAUGUCUAAUGCUAAAAUUAAUAUUUGUAUGCAAUGUUUUAUAAAAAAAUCCAAAUGCCAUUUAGCAAAUGCUGUAAAAAUACCUUGAAUCCACUAAUGAUGCAUAUCACGCUGCCAAUAUUUAUUUCCUAGGAGACUCACUACACUAUUUUCAAUCAGCUUCCACCCAAGACCAUGUUCUGCAGGCAUUGCUUUUCUCCAAAAAAUCUGCUGCAUCUUUGAUGGUGCAAAAGCCCUCUGCAUAAAGAUUCUCACUGGGAUAUUGUUGCCAAUGUGAUUUCUGGAGGUGCUCUUCAUUGUGUUGGUUCAACAAAUGCCCACUAGAGAGCUUUCACUGUGGCUGCAUUAGAAUCGGCCCUUUAAAGUAAAAGUUGGCUCUGACCCAAUCCAAACCUGCAGUCAACUUUAAUCGUGGCAUUGUGUGCACUUAAUCCAUCUGAAACUACCACCCUAAUUCUUGCCAAUUUUGACUAAGCCUCUGCGGAUGCUGUAUCUGCUGGCACCUUUCCCAAGUGAUGGUUUGACAUGUGUGAUCUACACUUUAUAAUUGAGGGACGACUUGACUGUGGAAUGCUAUAUUGUUGAGCUCUGCCUUGUUCUCAUCUGACAACCGGGUUCCCUGCUGAGUGAGAAACACUAAGUUAUAAUCCUGUCCCUAAUCAAAGCGUGCUUAGACCAUGACGAUGUAGUGAUAAUGGGACUGUACACAUAACAUAAACCUAUUUAUUAAUUCAUGGGCUGACAUCAGGUACAUGGUAAUAGCAGAUUUGCCAGUGUCAUUCCAGGGAGAAGGGCUGCUGCCUUCCCAUUCCAGUGAUCAAGUGACUUCCAUUUCAUAAUAAGUGGCUCACUCAAUUCUUGUGGAAGAGGUCCAGUUAUAGCUAUAUAACUAGUUACAGAAACUAAUCAGAAGCUAACCACAAACUCAGUGCACACUGAAUUUCAAACAACACAAGGAACAAUCACAGCUGCUCGCUCAUCAUUUUUGUUAAUGUUUGAUUGAAGCAUGUCACCAGAUACUGUCCCUUAUUGAGCUUGUUACUGCAGACUCUGGGUAACCUUUGGUAUCACAAUUAAGGGAGUAUCAUCCUUUGGGGAAAAGCAGGCCCCUCCUGUUUACAGAACAGCGUGUUAAUUUCUGUUGCUGAAUAUAUUUAACAAUGAAUUUCUGUCCGACCUUGAUUCAAUACUUGUGUAACAAUCAGGAAAGGGUUAAUGUUUACAAAUACUGAAAUCAAUCAUAGAUUAGCUAAGAACAGAAGCUCACUACAUCAAGUUUAAGCAAUGUAUGAAAAAGCAUCUGCAUUUUUAUUUGUCUUUUGUUUCAGCAUUAACUCAUUUCCUGUCACUCAAAUAUAUUAGUAACCUACAUGCGAAAUUCUUCAAAUUAUCGCUUGAAAUAAUGUAAAGUCUAUGAAUCUUUUAGAGAAAUGGUCUGAUAAGGAGCGUGACAAUUGUAUUCCAUUUCUCACUAACUGCAAUUCAUUCCAGCCACUCUCCUGUAUUCUCAGCCGAUACCGAGUCAGUGUUGACAUCUGAUAAUCUGCAGGAGUAGCUCUCCCCCGAACAGCCCACCCCAACUACAUUCUGAAUUUACUGUAUAGACAUGCUAGUGGAUUAUUUUAUUCCAUACAUCCACCUUUUGGCAAUGUUAUUUUCCUUCUGCUUGUAUUAGAACAGUUUAAUAAAGAUAUCAUUGGAAA